CCAUAUUUGACGACUUCACAACGGAGUGGAUUGGUGAUCAAGAAUUCUCGGUUGCCUCCUUUAAUGAAGGAGAUUUUAGCAUGGGUAAGGAGGGCAGAAAGAGAAAGCUAGAAGUGGACUUUUCCUGUGAAGGACAAAGUCAGGCAAAGAAACCGAGAUUGAGCGAGGAGAACCUUAUCCUCUCCACAUUCAGAGAGAAUUUUCCGGAAAAAUUCCAAAAAUUUGAGCUGAAGAUGAUAACCUCCUCUGAAUCCUCUUUGAAACCCUCUGAUGAAACUCCGAACUCCCAACCCUCUGAUGAAACUCCGAACUCCCAACCCUCUGAUGAAACUCCGAACUCCCAAACUUCUGAUGAAACUCCGAACGUCCAACCAACAGAGGAAAUCUCAAAUAACUCGACUAUCUCAACCCCCAAACCCACAGAUGAGGAUUCGAUUGAUCAGUACUCCCCCCAGUCUCCUGAUUUAUUUAUUCCAGCUCCUACAGCGCAAUAUGUAUUACAACCGGAGCUUUUAGCAUUAGCUGAAUUGGUCGACUCCAUGAGAGUCGACCUUUUACAAACAUCCACUUUAGUUAGUUAUAUACAGGACUAUGCAAGCAGAUUGGAUUUUAGAAAACAGUAA